AUGGGGUGCUUGCUUUCUACAAACCGCGUGGAGAAGGUACAAGAAGAAGAAGUUGGCGAAGGAGUUGGCUUUGCGAGAAAGCUUUCAUUUUACGUCCAUUCCAGCAAUGAAGAUUUCACAUUCAUAAUCUCCUUCCCUGUGAAUCUAAUAAUUUCGUCCAAGGAUAGUCCAAAUAAAGCUCAGCAUCUUGGUGCCACAAUUUUGGCUUCGAAAUUUGCUGCAAACACAAGGAGAGGAGUUGUUCAGAAGGUUCAGUUUGCUGAUACUGCUUCUUCAAGCUUAAAGAUGCCGGAAUUGUUCAAACCGAACGAGCCUGAUUUCUCUGAGGAAGUUUAG